AUGGAUGCUUUCCUCAAAUUCGUGCCUGCACUUGAGGAAAAGCAUCGCCAGUGGCAAUUGGCGCAACACACUUUUUGGACCAUGGGAAGCAGAGCGGCUAAUUUGCCGAACUUUCCCUGUGAGCAGUGCUGCAACAUCUUCAACCGCGUGCUCGCUGCCGCUAAGCAGUGGGAAGUUUGCCUCGUGCUUCUGGAUACGAUGUGCUCGCACAGGAAAGCCCUGGCCACCCCUGAUGAACUUGCAGUUCUCGACUACAACCUGCUCCAGACCAGCAGGCCAGGAUCCCCACAAAUUCUGGCUGCAAGGCCAGGCAUAGUGGCGGUUGCCAAGCCUCCGGAUCAGAGCUCAGAAGACAUCUUGAAGAAGCUGGCAGAUGGAGUUCUGCAAGCCUCAGGCUCCCAGAACCUGGCGCAGUUCACCUCUUGCUCGCGCCUGGACCUCCCCACUUCUGGUGUAUUAGUGGUUGCCCAUGGCAAGCCUGGAUCUCCUGCAGCAAAUUGGCUUCAGGCGCAAUUUGCCAGCCGCUUCAGUGUGGGCAAGAACUACCUUUGUUUGUGCUUCGGGCAACCGCUUGGGGAUCCGGGUACGGAAGGCGAGAUCAACACACCGCUCCUUGUGAUGAGUGGUGAGGGCAUGUCGGGCCUAGCAGUGCCUUCUGACCAGGGCCUCGAGGCAUGUACUCAGUAUGAAGUCCUGGCCAGCUAUCCCAUAUCUAGAAUCUCAGCACAGGAUAGUGACGCGGCAGACACCAACGAAUUCAUAUACCUCCGUGUGCACCCACUCACAGGCCGCAUGCACCAGAUCCGA